AUGUCAGUCACCGACAUCGACGAGAAGGGUAGAGAGACACAGCUGGAAGAGCCGUCAUCCUCUGACGUUGUCCCCCCGUCCCAGAGAGACAUCGAAACCCUGCCGGUGAUCGAUCAUGCAGCUGAAGCCCGCCUGAUUCGCAAACUCGAUCUCUAUAUAAUCCCUCCAACCAUGUUUCUCUAUUUGUUCUCAUUUCUCGAUCGUGUCAACGUGGGCAAUGCAAGACUGUAUGGCAUGGAAGAGGAUCUGGGCCUGCAUGGAUCGCAAUACCAGACCGCGGUGAGUCUGUUAUUCGUAACAUACGUACUCGCAGAAACACCCAGCAACCUCCUUCUCAAAAAACUGCACCCUUCUCGGUGGAUUGCAUUUAUCACCACUUUCUGGGGCGUGAUAGCAACAUUGACAGGCCUGGUGCAAAACUAUGGGGGAUUGAUUGUUUGUCGUCUCCUUCUGGGAGCCGUUGAAGCGGGCCUCUUCCCGGGAAUGACCAUCUAUCUCACGCUGUUUUACACCAAGAAGGAGCUUGCUCUUCGGGUAGGCUACCUCUUCGUAUCUGCUGCCUUGGCUGGAAGUGUCGGCGGCCUGCUCGCCUAUGGCAUCGGGUUCAUGGACGGCGUGGAAGGACAGAGGGGAUGGCGUUGGAUAAUGAUCAUCGAAGGCCUCCCCAGCUUCGUGUUGGGAAUUGCAGUCUACUUCUGGCUGGCCGACGCACCAGAGACAGCUUAUUACCUUAGCCAGGAGGAGAGGAAUUUGAUGUUGGUCCGAAAACGUCGCCAGAUAGGCCACACGUCGUCUGCGGACCUGCUACAUAAGCAAGACGUGAUCAAAGCCUUCAUGGACUGGAAAGUGUGGAUGUUUGCUGUUGGCCAGUUUGGCGCCGAUACCAUGCUUUACGGGUACUCAACCUUUCUUCCUACCAUUAUCAAGGGCUUGGGCAAAUGGUCAACAGCAGAAACACAAGCACUUACGGUUCCAUGCUACGCCCUCGGUGCCAUCACGUACCUUAUCGUAGCCCGUUUCUCGGACAGAUUCCAGCACCGGGCACUCCCAGCAGUGGCCUUUGCAGUGAUCAGCAUAGUUGGGUACACCAUCCUCUUGACUCCCGUCAGCGUAGGUGCUCGAUUUUUCGGUUGCUUCUUGGUCUCCAUGGGACUCUAUGUCACUGUUGGUAUUCCGUUGGCGUGGCUGCCAUCAAACCUUCCUCGCUACGGCAAGCGCACUACGGCAUCAGGAAUCCAGCUAACUAUCGGCAACGCCGCAGGGAUUUCAGCGCCAUUCAUGAGUGCAAGAUGCCUCUCCACUCUAUGCUUCAACCACUGA